AUGGAAAAAGUCAUUCACCCCAAGCAAUCAGAUAUACAAGUCGGAAAAUUAGUUGGCUGUGGGCGAUUCAUUAACAGUGUAUUCUUAUUUAAUCUUCCAGAUAAUGGGAGGAGGCAACUCGAUAAAUUAUUACAAAUUAAAUCUUUACAACAAGAUAAAGCUAUCCAUCCAGGCAGCUUGAUUGGACCAAACAAAAUGAAUGCCAAGCAAAUUCAACCAACCGACCCCAAGAAGACCAAAAAAGUUAGCAAAUAUGCGAAGCAAGUACUAAGUGAGUGGUUUCUCGCUCACGUCGAUAAUCCUUACGCAAAUCGCGAUGAAAGACAUAAGAUAAGCGUAGCAACAGGCCUUACCGAUCAUCAAAUUAAAGUUUGGCUUACAAAUGCCAGAAUUAGAAAGAGAAGUCUAAUACCAAACGGAAUACCCCAUUAUUCUAGAGGCCCUCUUAGAUCUGAAGAUCCAAAAAAAGAAAAUCCUCCGAAAACUGCUCCAAAAGCGUGA